AUGACCAUUUUUUUACCACGACGUGAACAAAUCGCUAUUGUAGACGAAGCUAUUGAAUUAUUAGGUGGCACAGCUACAGAUAUUUACUCAUCGAAAACAAGAAACAUAAAUAAAAAUGUUCAAAAUGUAGAAAUUGUAACAACUUCAACAGUUGCCGGUUGUUUUGGUUCAUGUCGUGCAACUCAUCCACUUUCAGCGAAUGUUUCAACUCCUGUUGAAUCACCGAUGACUAUCUAUCAUGCACUUGAAUGUAAACAUGAUAUGUCUUAUAUUGUUCCAGUUAAUUCAUAUAUCGCUGACUUUGGUCACCGCUUUCAAUCGACUACAUUCCCUGUGAUGAAUUUUAUGCUUCUUCGGCAAUUAAUUAUAACAAAAACAUGCCGUGGAAAUGAUCGAGAAUAA